UGUCCAACUCGGCUCGUGUCAGGAGCAAUCUGCUCGAGGGCAGACCCUUUCCCUAACCGAAACAAUUAGUGACGUUGUUCAUUUGUUUUUUUGUGUGUGGCAAAAGCAACGCCCACCGUCUAGGGAGAUCUGCAUUCGACGUAAGUGAAGUCACGAACACGGUGACUGAGAUUGGCAGGUUAUCCAUCGCUUUUAUUUUACUGACUGACGAAUCUUCUGAACGUGGCACGAGACAGCAACGUCGACGUUGAAAAUCCCUCAUGCUCUUGAACGUUUGCUGUUUAUGUAUCACACCAGAUGGAGACCAAAUCCAUUGAGACUGAGAACAAGAGUGAAGGUGAAGAACAACAAUUGUCGCCAACCAAACCGACCCAACAACAGCAAGAGGCCGGCAUACGUAGUCCACUUGGUUUUUUGAAGAAGCGCGUCAAGUCCGGCAGUGGCAAAAAGAGACGUGGUAGUGGUCAUUCCGAAGGCGAUUGCGAGUCUGUUAGCACGAUCGACGAGGAACGUUCCGACAAGGUAAUUGCAUCACCGUCGUCAACGGCCGCCAGUCGUCGUCUUUCCCUCGACUCGGUAUCAACGUCGCAACCGAUCCAGAAUCUGAACAGCAAGGAGAGACCUCGACAGUAUCGAGGCAUUGCCAAGGUUUUUCACGAUUUGAAAUAUCGCUCUCGAGUUCGUAAAAGUCAUUCAGCUCCACCCGCCGGUAUGGAUAAUACCAAAGUAUCGAGUCCAGUUUCGGUUGCAACAGUCGAUGAUGAUUCGUUCUCUUCGUACGCGACGGCCAUGGGAGCCCACAGUUCGGGCUAUUCUACGCCGUUGUUGUCGUCCAAUUUGGGCAGUCCAGAAACAUCUUUGACAGAGAGUUUUGUCGAAGAAGACGAAGAACAGGCUGAUGAUACAACUACAGUGGAAGAGUCUCAUAGUCCAGCUCAGGUAAUUUUCAACCCGUUUGGUGCUUUACCCUUGCCACCCAAUAUUUCGCGCUUGGUAUGCGGCGUUUAUAUUGUAGGUCCCACUCUUCGUCGCAUAGAUGUAGCUGAUCCUUCUGCUUUGCCUAAUUUACUGGGAUCUCAGGUUGCUGCUGUUCAGUUGGUCAGUCCACCGUCUGAACCUGCCUCACCUUCUGCUACAAUGGCCUCUUCUGAAACCUUAGCGGUGUCGAUUCCCAAAGCUUCUAGUCUUGAAACAGAACCCGUAGACGUUGAUGAAACCCUAGCAAGUCCCUGUAGCACUAUCAACAAGCCUGAGUAUCACCAACAUAAAGAAGAAGAAGAAGAAGAAGCCCCUCCCGUUUCUACGGUGGCGUCUUCCGCCGGCGUUUCUACUUCCUCUUCUUCGCCUGCCAUUUCCCGCCCAGCAGAGGUCACCACUUCGACUACCACGACGACGGCUGGUCAAAGGUCGAGAAUACCACUUUUGUCGCAACAUCGUUCCUCUGUUCCUUGCACGUCAACCAUCCAAGAGCCAGCCGGUUCAUUGAAAGCUCAACAGCCGGAACGAUCUUCAUCGAAUAGCGAAUUUCGAUUCUGUUUCAGCGAAUACGUAAACGGAGAAGCGACCAUGUCGCCAACUAAAGGAUUAAUCCGUUCUCUGCCUAUCGAUCCCAAGCCGGAAACACCUAACAAUACGGCGGCUCAUGAUGCCAACGGCUAUCCGAAGAAUGAACACUUGUACAAAGUGCUGGUCAUCGGAGAACUGGGAACGGGCAAAACAUCAAUUAUCAAACGCUAUGUUCAUCAAUUUUUCUCGCAACAUUAUCGAGCCACCAUCGGCGUUGAUUUUGCCCUUAAGGUCGUUCAUUGGGACCAGAGCACCGUCAUUCGCCUUCAAUUGUGGGAUAUUGCCGGUCAAGAAAGAUUUGGUAACAUGACCAGAGUUUACUACAAAGAGGCUGUUGGAGCAUUUAUCGUUUUUGACGUCACACGAAGUAGCACGUUCGAGUCGGUAGCCAAAUGGAAACAAGAUCUUGACACAAAAGUUCAGUUACCUGAUGGAAGUCCCAUUCCGUGCGUUCUCCUCGCUAACAAGUGUGAUCAGCCGAAAGAAGGUAUCGCAGCCAGUUCAGCCAAAAUGGAUGAAUACUGCAAGGAAAAAGGCUUUGCUGGAUGGUUUGAAACCUCAGCCAAAGAUAAUAUCAAUAUCGACGACGCGGCGAAAUUCCUCGUUGGCACGAUCUUACAAAACGAUCAGUGGAGUACCAGCAUCAAAGAAGAGGACUCUGACAAGCUGGAUCUAAAUGGCAAAGGAGGAACUGUCGGUGUCGAUAAAAAGAACAAUUGCUGUUGAUUUCUCACGCCCUUUUUCACGAGCGUGUACUCUUUGCGUGCCCUAUUGAGAGACUUGCGCCAUUUCGUGUCAAGUGAAAAGCCUAUACCGUUUGAGUUUCCUCGAUUUCUCUUUUUCGCUAGUGGGGUAUUUCCGGCUCUUUCCGGUUUUUUAAUAAUUAUGUCGGGACAUUGCGCCACUUUGAGGGAUUGGGAGGGAAAAAGUUAAAGAAAUGGCAAAAAGGGGGAAAUGUGGGACUGUGUUCUGCUACUCUCCUAAAAAAAAAUUAUCCGUGUUUUAUGCAGUUCUAUAAUUAUGCUUUACGUUAAGUGAGCGCGCAUCGACUAUUUUACUAGUCCCUUGCCGGUUUAUUUUUGUCUUGAAAUGUUUCUUAUAUAUCAUAGUAUUCCCUAAAUGUGUCCAUUUAAUUUUCUCCAAAAUCAUCCAACUCAACCAAUGGAUCUGAAUUCUGUGUUGAUGGAGUACAACAUCGCGGCAGCCAUUGGCCACAUUUUCUCUAUUAAUAUCAGAGUAAAAAGUAUAUUCUCGCUAAUCUGAGUUUUUAAUGCAAAUUUUUUUCGCGGUGUCUAUUAAUUUCAGCUUUUCUUUCUCUGUUUGGUUGGCAUCCGCAAAUGACGUCACUUUUCACGCUCGUCUUUAUGCGAGUCUUGUGUAUCUGCGCAUCAUCAUAUCAUACGAAAGAUGAAUACAUUAUAUUAAGCAAAUAGAA